AACAUCUUCCAGCUCCAACACUCGCUGCGCAGCGCAAACCUCGAAAUAAAUCUUGCGCGCAGUAAACACUCGGUUGAGGUCGUCGCGAAAGACGAGGAAAUUCGGAAGCUGCGGGUCAGCCAGUGCCUCCUUGAAAGCAACAACAGCGAUCUACACGAACAGCUAGAGGAAGAACAAGCCCGCUCAGACGAAAUUGAGAGCGCGCUAGACGAGGCGCUGCUGAACCUGGACGAACAAAAGGCUGAAAGUGAAGCGGCGCAGAACCAGAUUCGCACGCAAUCGAGGGAGAUCGCGAAUCUUAAGGCGGAGCUGAAGGCUAUGGAAAACGUCACGUCCGAUUCGAACAAGAUUCUCUCCGAAAAGCUCGCAUUGUCCCGCGAAAUCUCCUCGCUGCGCCCCGAAGUCGAACAUCUGCGUGCGCAAGUCGACUCGAACCAAGGCCUCCUGUCCGAAAAGCUAUCUUUACAACGCCAACUCUCCACCUUGCAAGUCGAACUUGAGAACGAGAAGCGAACGUCGGCCCGAACCAUUUCUAAGCAGGGAAGGAAGAUGGAGCAAGACGACGGACUGCGCAGUGAGCUGGAGGAAGUCCGUGGGGAGCUUGCCACAGAAAAGAAGACACGUAUAGAGGCAGAAGCUGCGGUUGCGAAUGCAGAGAAGGCUAUUGAGAAGGUGCAAGCAGACCUCGAAUCUCAACAACAAGCGACGGAGAAGCUGGAGGCCAAGCUUGAAAAGCUCGCAAAGAAGAGCGCAAAGACGAGUCAGCGCGAUGAGGUGAAUGAAGCCGCACUAGAAGAGAUCCGCCAGGAGCUGGAGCAAGAAAAGGCUCUCCGCGUGAGAGCAGAGAAGGCACUCAAGAAAGCUGGCUCUGGGAAUGCGGAGCUCGAACAACUUCGGGAGGAACUGGAGCUUGAGAAGCAGGCGCGUCAGAAGGCAGAGAGGGCAUUGAAGAAGAGUUCCCAGCAGACAGAUCAGGCCAGUGAUAUACAGACGGAGCUCGAGGAAGUGAAACGCGAGCGGAAGAAACAGGAGAAGGAAUACACCAAGACUCUGGGCGAGCUCCAGGGCCGCAACACCGUCCUUGAUGACAAGCUCAACGCGUUCAGAGAAAAGCUGCGAACAACAAAGGAGAAGCUGAAGGAGAAGGAAGCCCAGCUGGAGCACGUCGGACGGGCACAGACCGCGCCUCCCACCAAGGCGGCUACCGAUUCCACAAAAGCCACCAAGAACAUCCGCAAGCGCACCGCAGCAUCCGUAGAGCCCGAGACCAGCCUCGGAACCCCUGGAGACGCGCCAGCAAAGCGCUUCAAGCGCGGCACCUCCGUGGCCACAGCAGGCGAAACAACAAGCUUCUCGCUAACGCCUUUCCUCAACCGCACAACCAUCACAGCCGGCUCGCCCAUCGUCGAAGAAGACGAAGACGCCGACGAACAAACCGCCCCCAUCAAAGCCCCAAAGCUCAAGGCCAGCAAACCCCUCGCCCCAACCGCCUCCGUCAAAGCAAACCCCAAGCCGCGCAAGAAGACAGCGCUGUCCUCGGUCCUAGCCGCUGUCGGCGAAGAAACCUCCGACCCCGCAAAAGACGACGCGCCGACGAAAAUCCCCCUCAAAGACGCAGACGACGACGCCGCGCCCAAGCCCAAACCCAGGGCCAAGAAAGACGCAGCCAAGCCGCGCAAGUCGCUCAUGAGCUUCGCGAACUUCGUCGAGGAGCCCGCCGCCGAGAAGAAGAAGAAGCGCAAGCUGGGCGCCGGCGCGGGGAAGACGCUGUUUGAUGCCGACGAGGACGAGGACGGGGCGCAGCCCAAGGCCGUGGGGCUGGGGAUGGGCGGCAGAAGUCUGUUUGCGGCGCGCGCGCUGGGCAAGAGUGGGUUGAAGGGGAGUCGGCCGAUUAGUGGUGGGUUUGGGAUGUUGAGCGAGGAGGCAUUUACGUUUAGUCCGCUGAAGAAGGAUAGGAAGAGGACUGGGGAUAGCAUUCUUAAGUAG